AAAUAAUGGUUAAAGCAGCGCUCGCAUAUUAUGUUUUAAUGUUUACUUUGAAUAGUUAUUACUAUCUCUAAAAAGCAUAUUUUUAUAAAGUUAUUUUUAUCAAUAAUUCUCAAUAAUUGAUGAUUUCACAGAAGUGGUUAAGCUAUGGAAAGCUACAGAUUCGGCACUGUUGACUAUAUCGUGCUCGUGGGCAUGACUAUUUUAUCCACCGGAACGGGACUCUAUUGUGGGGGCAUCAGGAAAUCUAAGAAGAACCUGUGUGAUGUGGAAGAUUCGCUGCCCACUAGCGCUGGAUCGGAAAAGAUAGAUGAAUAUCUAAUGGGGUCCCGUAAUAUGAAAGUGGUCCCCGUUGCAAUUAGUCUUAUAGGGAGCUUCGUGUCGGGCGUUACCAUAAUGGGCACUCCUUCAGAGAUCUACCAUUAUGGCACACAGUAUUUUCUUAUCGUCAUAGCAAUUGUUCUCCAAGGAAUUGCCGUCUCCUAUGUUUAUUUGCCUGUGUAUUCUGCGCUGCAUGUUGAUUCUGCGUACCAGUACUUGGAAAUGCGUUAUAGCUCGAGUGUUAGGAGCAUAGCUUCCUUUAUGUUUAUUUUUAGUACCGUAUCCUAUUUGCCAUUCGUUAUAUAUGUUCCGGCGUUAGCUUUGAAUCAGGUAUCUGGCCUCAAUUCUCAUCUGAUAGAAGUGGUAAUUGUGUUGGCCUGCGUUACCUAUACAUUAAUGGGCGGUCUGAAGGCGGUGGUCCACACAGAUGUCUGGCAAAUGGUGGUUAUGUUUUUCUCCAUUGUGACCGUUGCUUUUUUCGCCGUAUACUAUUCGAAUGGCUUUGCUGCUCUGUUCGAGGAUGUGCAAAAGGGAGGACGACUCAUAUUGGCCAACACGAGUACCUCACUAUAUGAUCGCCAUACCGUUUGGAGCGUUCUCGUCGGUGGCCUCUCAUACUGGACCUCUAUUAAUGUCACGAAUCAAGCGAUGGUUCAACGUUUUAUGUCACUGUCUUCGCUGAAAAAAUCACGAGAUGCCAUGUGUAUUUUCACCAUUGGAGUGACUAUCUUUGUCGCUCUGUGCUGUUUUUUGGGAUUGCUCAUCUUCGAAAAGUACAAAGAUUGUGAUCCCCUGAGUGCUGGACUUAUCACGCAUGACGAUCAACUCCUGCCUCUGUUUGUGGUCGAAAGUGUGGGUCACAUCUAUGGAAUUCCCGGUUUGUUUAUAGCCGGUAUAUUUGGAGCUGGCCUAAGUACACUCUCCUCGUGUUUCAACACCGUUGCAUUGGUGUUUCUGGAAGACAUUGUUCGGGGAUGCUUCAAGAUGCAGCCCAGCGAGAGGGUCUCCAACGUUCUGAUCAAGUCGAGCAUUGCCUUCCAAGGAGUUUUAGCGUUUCUCCUUGUAUUUCUGCUACGGCAGUUGAGAGGGAUCCUGGGUGUUUGCAACUCGAUAGCGUCCAUUACGGCUGGCACUGCCUUGGGCAUAUUUACCCUGGGUAUGCUGGUUCCCUGGUCGAAUACUGUGGGCACAGCAAUGGGUGGGAUCACAAGUAUCCUUCUGUCAGCUUGGCUAUCUUUUGGGUCGCAGAUCGCCACAGCUUCUGGACAACUGAACUCCCAAAUGCUACCCGUGUCCGUGGUGGGAUGUUUGGGAAAUGUGAGCGCCCCACAAGAACUUUUGGUGGAUCAGCAACAAGUCUUUUCCCUAUAUCGUCUAUCCUAUCACUGGAUAAAUCCCAUAGGAGUUGCCACAACCGUGGUAGUCGGAUCUCUGGUCUCCCUUGUGAUCAAGCCCACUGAUAUUAAGACUCUCCAAUCGGAACUGAUAUCGCCAGUGAUCCACAGAUUUCUUCCAAAAGAGUGCUUCAGGGAUCUCAACAUUAAUGUGCAGACUUCCUAUAAAAACUCCUAGCAAUCCUCCAAAAAACCAUUAUUCUAAUGGAAAACAAUCUUCAUGGGAUUUUAUUGCCUCUUUAAAUUUUAAGUUUGUU